AUGACUGGCGCUGCCGCCACGAUGCUGACGAUGCGUAGGGUGGCACCAUCUGUGCCGCGAUCGAGGGGCUACUCCACGACGACCUCGGCUGGCCGCCGCGCGGUGCUGCCGCGCCUGCUGGCGUACACGACGGUGGGCGCGGCCGUGUUCUACGGCGGCUCGUACGCGGUCGCGCAGCGCGUGCCGGCGUACCGCGAGUUCUUUGAGAAGAAUGUGUACGGUGGCGAGGCGCUGCUGCGCUACUUUUCCACGCACGAGCUGAAGGACCUGCCCGAGGAGCUGCGCAAGAUGGACGUGGAACAGCAGGUGGUCGCCGCCGCGAAGCAGGUGCGCAGCGGCUUCCACCGUUUGACGGACUAUGUGCGUGAGAGCGAGCAGGUGCAGGCGACGCGCGAGGAGGUCGAGAAGCACACGGCUGCCCUGCAGACGAAGCUGCACGACCAGCUCGAGGAGCUCAAGAGCAAGGCUGGCGAGGAGUCGGCGCAGCUGCUGGAAAAGGCGCAGAACUUUGCGAGCCACGCGUACCAGGGCGCGCGCGAGCCCAUGAGCCACGUCGCCGACGAGGCGCGCGAGCACCUCGGCGGCGCUGUGCCGACGGCGGAGCCCGCGAAGCCGGUGGUGCCGGCGCCGGCGUACGGUGCGCCGUACCCCGAGCGCAAGCUCGUCGCGCCGAAGGACAACGGCGGGCGCCUGCGUGCCGACCCGAAGGCGCCCGUGCUGCCGCAGCUGAGCAAGUCCGUCCAGCGCCUGCACAGCUCGGAGCCCGUGCUCGCGCAGCUGGCCGGCACGAUCGACGAGCUGACGGCGCUGGUGCGUGAGGCGCCGCAUGCGGGCGCACUCGCACGCAGCGUGCUCGAGACGGCGCAGGCGGACCUCGCGCAGCUGAGCGCGCGCCUCGACGAGAUCAAGAAGUCGGACGCAGAGAAGCUCGACGCGCAGCUCGAGAAGCAGGCGCAGGCGUUUGAGGCCGAGCUGCAGAAGGCCGCGGAGCGCGCGCAGGGCGAGCUGGGCCAGCGCGACGCCGACUGGGCAAAGAAGGUGAGUGCGCUGCAGGACGAGCAGGCGUCGCAGUUCAAGGCGCGCCUCGCGAGCGAGCUGCGCACGCAGAGCGCGCUCAUUGACGAGCGCCUCAAGGAGGAGGUCGUCGCGCGCGGCAUCGAGCUGCAGCGCAAGUGGUCGCAGGAGAUCCGCGCCAAGGUCGAGCAGGAGCGCGCUGGCCGUCUGGCGCGCCUCGACGAGAUGGCGUCCGAGCUCCAGCGCGUCGAGCGCCUGUCACUCGAGAAUGCGCAGUCGCUCGACCACAACAUCAGCCUGCACGCGCUGAGCGCCGCGCUGCGCACGCUGCGCCAGGCCAUUGACGCGCCGGUCCUGCGCGACUCGGCGUACGUGCGCCGCACCUUUGUCGACGAGCUCGCCGCCGUGAAGGCCACGCGCCAGGCGACGGACAACGAGGUCAUCUCGGCGGCGCUCACCGCGAUCGACGAGACGGGCGCGGCCGCCGACGGCGUCGAGAGCGUCCCGACACUGCACGAGUGGUUCGCCGUGCGCCUCGCCCCGCGCCUCACGAGCGUCGCGCUGCUCCCGGAGCAGGGCGCCGGCGUCCUUUCGUACCUGGCAAGCAUGGUGCUCAGUCCCCUGCUGUUCGUGCGCCAGGGCAACGUGCCCGGCGACGACGUCGCGAGCAUCGUCGCCCGCGCCAACUGGCUCCUCGAGCGCCGCGACCUCGACCAAGCCACGCGCGAGCUGAACCAGCUGCGCGGCUGGGCCAAGGUGCUGGCCAGCGACUGGCUCCAGGCCGCGCGCACGCGCCUCGAGGUCGACCAGGCGCUCGACCUGAUCGAGCGCGAGUCCGCAUUUGCAUCGCUCCUCCAGACGUAG